UAAGAAGACAUGGUCUGGGCCAUACACUGCGUUCGUGACGAGUUCGGUGAAAAAGUGGAGGUCGCCGUCAAUCGAACUGCGCAUAGAUAAUCUGUACGGAGAAUCUAGCAGUGACAGGCCCGAGGAACCUUUUACAUGCGGCGUCGCGUGGGGUGUCACGGCCUUUAAACGGCUUGACUCGGGUGUCAAUCGAUUGUCAGUUGUUGAAGAGAAGAAAGUGGGAUGAACCAUCCAUCUCCUUCGUCCAGUGACGAAUGAAUGGAGGCGCCUCUGGCAGAAAGGCUUUCGCCAUCGCCGCCGUGCUUCGUGUGUACUUCACAUGUACCAUGUACCAUGUACCAUGUACGCAGUAUGGGCACAAUGCGUAUCCAUCUGUGCCAUGCUGGAUCCAUCAAAAACACAUACUUAAGACGAGAGUCGUGCCUUGCUGUACACAAUACGAUCCCUCCCAGGAUAGUCUGUCUCAGAGCGGGCGGCGGUGGUGGUUUUGUUGUCAUUGCCGCUACUUCGUGCUGUACCUAUUAUGCUGCAACUCCGCUACUCCACUCUGCCUCCCUCCGCUGCUCUAAUAAGAUCUGCCCUUCUGCUCUUCUUGCCCCGCUUCUUUGUUGUUAUAGCCUUGUGCUUCCCCUCUCUCUUGUCUUGAUAUAACACCGCCAUCCCUUUGCCUCUCCAAGAGCGAGCCGCGGCCUCUGUAGCUGAGGCCAUUCAGAGAAACCCGUCAGGACUUCCCGGA